CGCAAGCUAAGCUGCUAAAGGACGCGACUUGCUGACUACUGACUUGAAAUUUCAGAACGCGCCAAUUGCCGGAGGAUGGAUAUGUUCUCUCAUAUCUACAGAGCCGUCUCAUCUAGACUUCCCUCCUUGUCAAGUUCCGCUUCCACCUCAUCAGCAACCAGAAUGGAUGUCAAAGAGUUUGUUGAGAGCAACCUCAAAGACAACGGCCUCGUCGUCUUCAUCCGGACAUCACCGCCUUGCUACUACUGCCAGCAAGCCCUCCGCUUCUUGCGACAAUACCCAGAGCUCAAGGGUAAAUCAGUCGACCUUAGUGAAACAGGCGAGCAGCCUGCUAUUAUCAGCUACCUUGGCGGCCUGCCAAAUUCUGCGCCCACAUUCCCUCGGGUUUUUGUUAACAAGGAAUUGAUUGGAGGUUAUUCCGAUUUGGAGGGUCUGGGUGCAUCUGGUGUAGAGGCAUUGAUCCAGAAGGCGUCAGUCUGACAGGCGAUGUUAGCAUCGGCAAUGAAUGAGCACUGAGGGUCAAUACAGUUCCAGAUAAUCAACCGAGUGAUUGGCUCAGUGAUGUCGUACAAGCUGAAUUAUGCAUCAGAUUAGAUGCAACGAAUUUCAGAGAGGCAAUGUAUCUUGAUGAUUGGCGGACCACGUACGACAUUCAUGUUAUUGUCGCCCACCAAUGUAAACUACAAUCUCCUCCAAAUCUCCUCGGUAAUGAGCGACCUUGGAACCUGUACUAAGAAUGUUCUUGCACUAUCAGGG